AUGGUGUCUACACUGUAUAAUUUCUUUCUGGAGGCUUCCUACGAUAACCUACAGCUGGACAGAGAGGUUUUAGAUGAACAUAAGGUCAGUCUGAGGAGGAGAUGUGAACGUGUGACUGAAGGAACUGAUGAAAGUGAAACCCUCCUCAACAGGAUCUUCACCGAGCUCUACAUCACACAAGGUCAGAGUGAAGAGGUUAAUACCCAACAUGAGGUGAGGCAGCUGGAGACAGUUUCCAAGAAAGAGACCCUCCAUGACACUCCAAUCAAGUGUCAGGACAUCUUUAAAGCCUUACCUGACCAACAGGCUCACAUCAGAGCGGUCCUGACCAACGGAGUCGCUGGCGUUGGAAAAACCUUCUCAGUGCAGAAGUUCACUCUGGACUGGGCCGAGGGUUUGGAAAACCAAGAUGUCAGUCUGGUGAUCCCGCUUUCCUUCAGGGAGCUGAACCUGAUCAAAGAUGAGCAGUACAGUUUUCUCAGGCUGCUCCAUGUUUUCCAUCCAACCUUACAGAAGGUCCCAGCAGAGCAGCUGGCUGUCUGUAAAGUGCUGCUCAUCUUUGACGGCCUGGAUGAAAGCAGACUUUCUCUGGAUUUCAGAAACAAUGAGGUUGUGUCUGAUGUCUCACAGCAGUCCUCAGUCAACGUGCUGCUGACAAACCUCAUCAGGGGGGAGCUGCUUCCCUCGGCUCUCGUCUGGAUAACUUCCAGACCUGCAGCGGCCAAUCAGAUCCCUCCUGAGUGUGUGGACAGGGUAACAGAAGUACGAGGCUUCACUGAUGCCCAGAAGGAGGAGUACUUCAGGAGGAGAUCGAGUAAUGAAGACCUGUCCAGCAGAAUCAUCUCUCACAUCAAGAGCUCCAGGAGCCUCCACAUCAUGUGUCUGAUCCCAGUCUUCUGCUGGAUCUCUGCUGCAGUUCUGGACCACAUGUUGACUACAGACCAGAGAGGAGAGCUGCCCAAGACCCUCACUGACAUGUACUCACACUUCCUGCUGGUCCAGACAAAGAGGAAGAAGCAGAAGUAUGAUAAGGGACAUGAGACGAGUUCACAGCAGCUGACGGAGGCUGACAGGGAGGUUCUUCUGAAGCUGGGCAGGCUGGCGUUUGAACAUCUGGAGAAAGGAGACAUCAUGUUCUACCAAGAAGACCUGGAGCGCUGUGGUCUUGAUGUCACCGAGGCCAUGGUGCACUCAGGAGUUUGUACAGAGAUCUUCAAAAGAGAGAGAGUGAUCUUCCAAAAAACAGUUUACUGCUUUGUUCAUCUGAGCAUUCAGGAGUUUCUGGCUGCAGUCUACAUGUUGCACUGUUACACCAACAGGAACACAGCGGUAGUGAAGGACUUCCUGCAGAAAGACUAUGGCAACAGCCAAUACCAGGAUUACCCAACCCUGCCUGUCUUCCUAAAGGGAGCCAUGCAGAAAUCCCUCAGAAGUCAAAAUGGCCACCUGGACCUGUUUGUCCGCUUUCUCCACGGCCUCUCACUGGAGUCCAACCAGAGACUGUUAGGAGGCCUGCUGGGUCGCAUAGACUACCGUUCAGAAAUCAUCCAGAGAGCCAUCAGCAACCUGAAGGAGAUGAGCAGUGAUCAAAUCUCUCCUGACAGGAGCAUCAACAUCUUCCACUGUCUGACAGAGAUGAACGACCACUCAGUUCAUCAGGAGAUCACAGAGUUCCUGAAGUCAGAGAACAGAUCAGAGAAGGAACUCUCUGUGAUCCACUGCUCUGCUCUGGCCUACAUGCUGCAGAUGUCAGAGGAGGUUCUUGAUGAAUUGGACCUGAAGAAGUACAAAACAUCAGAUGAGGGACGACGGAGACUGAUUCCAGCUGUCAGGAACUGCAGGAAGGCCAAACUUACUGGCUGUGGACUUUCAGCGAUUGAAUGUGAAGUUGUGGCCUCAGCUUUGAAGUCCGACCCCUCCCAUCUGAGAGAUCUGGACCUGAGUGACAACGCUCUGCAGGAUUCAGGAGUGAAUCUGAGUUCUGGACUGAAUAGUCCAAACUGUAGACUGGAGACUCUCAGUCUGAGGCACUGCAGUUUGUCAGAGAUCAGCUGUGCUGCUCUGGCCUUAGCUCUGAAGUCCAACCCCUCCCAUCUGAGAGACCUGGUCCUGAGUUACAACGAUCUGAAGGAUUCAGGAGUGAAGCUACUGAGUGAUUUUCUGGAGAGUCCAGACUGCAGACUGGAGACUCUCAGACUGAUAUGCUGCAGGUUGUCAGAGAUCACUUGUUCUGCUCUGGCCUCAGCUCUGAAGUCCAACCCCUCCCAUCUGAGAGAUCUGGACCUGAGUCACAACAAUCUUCAGGAUUCAGGAAUGAAGCUGCUGAGAGAUCUUCUGGAGAGUCCAGACUGCAGACUGAAGACUCUCAGGUCAUGGCACUGCAGGUUGUCAGACAUCAGCUGUGCUGCUCUGGCCUCAGCUCUGAAGUCCAACCCCUCCCAUCUGAGAGAUCUGGACCUGAGUUACAACUAUCUGCAGGUUUCAGGAGUGAAGCUGCUCACUGAUCUUCUGGAGAGUCCACACUGCAGACUGGAGACUCUCAGGUCAGUGAGGGGUGACUCCAAUGUGGAACAGGAAGUGAAGACGGACAGAAAGGCUGCUGAAUCCUUCUCACCUGAACACGCAACUGGAUCUUCAUACAGGUUCAGGUGUCCUGGUCCAGGUGUGUUCCAGUGUGCUUUGACUGGCCUGGUGUUCGUCAUGGCUCAGGAGGCGGAGCUUCUGUACAGGACGGUCCCUUGGGAGGAGAGCCUCCUCCAAUCAGCUGGCAAGAAGGCAGCAGGGCCGCUGUUCGACGUGAAGAGUUCUGAUGAAACUGCCGUCUGCCAGCUCCACCUGCCACACAGUGAGACAGAGGAUGCGUUGCUCCUGGAUGGCCUGUUGUCUGUCGUCCACAUCACUGAUGAAGGCCGGAGCAUCUUGGAGCCGCUGGAGGUCACACGCACUCACGUGGUGGUGAAGGUGCCUCACCUCUCUCUCUUUGGCCUUAUCAUCGAUACAUUGAAAAGGCUUCUAAAGUGGCGUAUAAAAGGCCAAAUUCUGGUAUUUCUACGUACACCGUCCGGAGAGGAGCAAAUACUGGAUGUACAUCUGCUGCAGAACAACGUCCAUGUGGAGGAGGUUGCUGACAAACACAAACGUGCUGUGCACAUCACAAACUCCUCCGACUGUGAGCUGGACAUUCAUCACAGUUACAGUGUGCACUGUGAACCUGAGGGCUUCUAUAUACAGCCUGAGAGUAAAACAUUUGAUUCCAGCUUUGGACCAAACUACCAUCCGACAUUUCAAGUUUCCCUGACGACGAGCACCGAGAGAGUGGUUUUGAAGGUCCAGGAUCAAGGUGGAAAUGAAGUCUGGUAUUGUCGCGCGUCACUGGAAGGUCCAAGGCAUGAAUUGUCCCAGAGAAAUGUCCCAGCAGAGAGCAGAGACCCAGCAGAGAGCAGAGACCCAGCAGACCAAUGGCUGCUCUCACAUCGGACAGAGUUCAUUCUAAGAGUGUCUCCACCUCUCCUGAAGGACCUUCUGGAUAAACUCUUUGAGUCUAGAGUUAUCACUGAUUCUGAAAUGACGUCAGCCAGAACCAAACCCCAAAAUGACGGAGCACGAGAGGUGGUGGACACGGUGCGAAAUAAAGGAGCUGAAGCCAGCAGGGUUCUGAUCAAUGCUCUCCGUGAGCUGGACCCAUGUCUUUACAGAUGCCUCGACUCGAGCUGAAGCAAAACCUCGUGGAGUGUGUGUGACAGUUGAAGUCUAGUCCUGUGUUUUGUUAACUUUAACUAUUUCCCCUUGUCCUUGAAGGUAACACAGAUUCUGAGCGAAGGCUACUUUCCUUCUCUCGUUUCUCCUGGACUCUAUCCGGAGAGCAGCUACCCGGGCUUGUUCUUAUUUUAACAAUAUUUUUCAUUUUACCGAAAUAUUUUAUAUUUCUAUUUACACAGGGUAAUAUGGAUCUUUUAAAUACAUGUCUCAGGGUGGACCUCUCCAAUAAUUAGGCAAUGAGUUUUCAGCCUAGUUUUUAUUAAUCUGAAUGGCUCAAAUGUAAAUAAUUUGUUAAGUAUUUCACAACUUAAUGUAAUCAAUUGUAUACAUUUAUUUUGUAACAUGAUUCUUUCCAAAAGAAAUUACAAAAUGUAGAGAUGUUGCAACAAGAGAUCUGAUCCCUAACUGCUGGCUUGUUGGAAAAUGUAGAUAUUACUAAAGAGUUAUAAUUUACUGAUAAGAAACAAUUUCCAUUGUUUUGUACAUUUAUCUACUUUCUUAAUAUAAUAUUUUUCUUUACAAUGUUCUUCUUCUUGUCUAGACUGAAAUAUCAACAACUACUUGUUUGUGUUAUUUUUUAUCCAUUCCAAAAUACAUGUUGUUUUUGAAAAGCACAUUGGGAUAUCAGAGAGGAACAUGUGUUGCUGAUGUAGUUGCAGUUUCAUUCUGCUGCCACUAGGUUUCAGUAAAGAGCCGUAUUUCACUGAUGGAAAACCAUUACCAAGAGCCUGUAAAGCACAUUUAUCUUUGGUGUGUGUACGGCCUUAAUGUUCACACAUUCUUAUUCUGACAUCUUUUUAUGUAAAUAUAAAAGUUCCAUUAUCACCAAUUUAAAUAGUUAAUUUCUUUGUUACUCUUUAAGUUCAUAACCAUCACAACUUGUUGCAUUUAUCUAUUUUGCUUUGUUGUUACACCUGUUAUUCUGACCCUAGUCUUUUGCUCUGUACUUCAUGUGUUUACCUUUCUCUCGUUCUGUUCUGGUUUGAGUUCAUCAAUAAAG